CUUAGGUGCCUCGGGGAGAACAUUUUCUACUUAAAUUGACUCUCACUUUCAGGUGUGUCUUUACACGCCCUGUUUGCUGCCUGCACACCUCUCGACAGAGACUCAAAUCCUGCAUAGUUGAAUCCAGUCCUUUCUUGGCAAAAGAAUGCAAAUUCGACUGACCCUGUUUUUACACCUUGGGUGGCUCAUUUGCUCGAAAGCUCAAGACAAAUGUGACCAGGGUGCCUGCCGUCCUACCCCUGGCAAUCUCCUGUUGGGCCGCAGCACGCAACUUACUGCAUCUUCUACCUGUGGGCUGAAUGGAGCCCAGAAAUACUGUAUCCUCAGCUACCUGGAGGGGGAACAAAAAUGUUUCGUGUGUGACUCCCGAUUUCCCUAUGACCCGUAUUCCCAGCCUAACAGUCACACCAUUGAGAAUGUAAUCACAAGUUUUGAACCAGACAGAGGAAAGAAAUGGUGGCAAUCUGAGAAUGGCCUUGAUCACGUCAGCAUCAGAUUGGACCUAGAGGCGAUAUUUCAGUUCAGCCACCUUAUACUGACCUUUAAGACUUUUCGGCCUGCUGCAAUGUUAGUGGAACGAUCCACAGACUACGGACACUCCUGGAAAGUGCUCAGAUAUUUUGCAAAAGACUGUGCUGCCUCCUUUCCUGAUGUCACAUCUGGCCAGGCCCAGGGAGUGGGAGACCUUGUUUGUGACUCCAAAUAUUCAGAUAUUGAACCCUCAACUGGUGGCGAGGUUGUUUUAAAAGUUUUGGAUCCCAGCUUUGAAAUAGAAAACCCUUACAGCCCCUACAUCCAGGAUCUUGUAACAUUAACAAACCUGAGGAUAAACUUUACCAAACUCCAUACACUUGGGGAUACUUUUCUGGGAAGGAAGCAAAAUGAUUCCCUUGAUAAAUACUACUAUGCUCUGUAUGAAAUGGUUCUUCGGGGAAGCUGUUUUUGCAAUGGCCAUGCCAGUGAAUGUGGUCCUUCACAGAAAGAGCGGGGCGACACUUUCAGCUCCCCAGGAAUGGUUCAUGGUCGGUGCGUCUGUCAGCACAACACAGAUGGCCCAAACUGUGAGAGGUGCAAGGACUUCUUCCAGGAUGCUCCAUGGAGACCAGCCAUAGGCUCUCAGGACAAUGCAUGCAGAUCAUGUAGCUGUAAUGGCCACUCUGACCGCUGUCAUUUCGAUCUGGCCACGUACCUGGCGAGUGGCGGCCUCAGCGGAGGCGUGUGCGAGGACUGCCAGCACCACACGGAGGGCCAGCACUGCGACCGCUGCAGACCCCUGUUCUACAAGGACCCCCUCAAGGCCAUCUCAGAUCCUGAUGCAUGCCUGCCUUGUGAAUGUGAUCCUGAUGGAACCAUAUCUGGUGGCAUUUGUGUGAGCCACCUUGAUGCUGCCAUGGGGACUGUGGCCGGCCAGUGCCUGUGUAAGGAGAAUGUGGAAGGAGUCAACUGCGACCUGUGCAAACCCAAUCACUAUGGACUAAGUGCCUCUGACCCCCUGGGCUGUCAGCCCUGCAACUGCAACCCCCUUGGGAGUCUGCCAUUUGAGACUUGUGAUGUAGAUACAGGUCAAUGCUUAUGCCAGGCCUAUGUCACCGGACCACACUGCGAACAGUGCACUGUUGGCUACUGGGGACUAGGGGAUCAACGCCCUGGAUGUUCUCCCUGUGACUGUGAUAUUGGAGGUGCUUAUUCCAACAUGUGCUCACCCAAGGAUGGACAGUGUGAAUGCCGCCCACACAUCACUGGCCGCAGCUGCAAUGAACCUGCCCCAGGCUACUUCUUUGCCCCUUUGAAUUUCUAUCUCUAUGAGGCAGAGGAAGCCACACCACUCCAAGGACUCGCGCCUUUGAUAUUAGCAACAGCUUUGCCAAAAUGUGAUGUGUAUUUCCAGCAACAAGGAGAUGAUUUCAGAAUUGACAAAGGAAACAUAAUACUGAAGAAAAGUCAGAAGCAAAACAUACAUGCUGGGGAACAGAAUGAGGUGCCUGCAGUUCACAUUGUUUUCGGAGAGCUUGUUCCUGGGAACCCUGUUACAUGGACUGGACCUGGAUUUGCCAGAGUUCUCCCUGGAGCUGGCUUGAGAUUUGCUGUCAACAACAUUCCUUUUCCCAUGGACUAUACCAUUGCUGUUCGCUAUGAAACUCAGUCUGCAGAUGACUGGGCCAUCCAGGUCGUGUUUAACCCUUCUGGGGAGAGCAAGUACUGCACACACAAGAUUCUACCACAGGAGCCUCAGUCUUUCAUCUUAUCAGCAGCUGCCAGAAUCAAGCUGCUUCCCACACCCAUCUGUUUAGAACCAGAAGUACAGUAUUCCAUCGACGUCUAUUUUUUUCAACCUUUGGAGUCCCACACUCAUUCUCACAUUCUGGUUGAUUCUCUUGGCCUCAUUCCUCAAAUCAAUUCAUGGGAGGAUUUCUGCAGCAAGAAAGACAUGGAUGAGUAUCAGCUGCACAACUGUGUUGAAAUUGCCUCGGAAGUGGGACCUCAAGUGCUCUCUGGUGCUUGUGAAAGGCUCGUGGCCAGCAUGUCUGCCAAGCUACACAAUGGGGCAGUGGCUUGUAAGUGUCACCCCCAGGGUGCAGUCGGAUCCAGCUGCAGCCCACUUGGAGGCCAGUGCCAGUGUAAACCUCAUGUGGUUGGGCGCUGCUGCGACAGGUGCUCAACUGGAAGCUACGGUUUGGGACAUCAUGGCUGUCACUCAUGUCACUGCCAUCCUCAAGGUUCGAAGAACACAGUCUGUGACCAAAUAACCGGUCAGUGCACCUGCCACAAAGAGGUGACUGGCCGCCGUUGUGAUCAGUGCCUGGCAGGCUACUUUGGGUUUCCCAACUGCCGUCCUUGCCAUUGCAAUGGGUUUGCUGAACUUUGUGAUUCAGAGACAGGGUCGUGCUUCGAUUGUGGAGGUUUCACAACCGGAAGAAACUGUGAAAGGUGCAUCGAUGGUUACUAUGGAAAUCCUUCUUUAGGACAGUCUUGUCGUCCUUGCCUGUGUCCAGAUGCUCCCUCAAGCAAUCAGUAUUUUGCCCAUUCCUGUUAUCAGAGUCCUUGGAUGUCAGAUGUAAUCUGCAAUUGUCUUCAAGGUUACGCAGGUGUUCAGUGUGGGGAAUGCGCUGCUGGUUUCUACGGUAAUCCAAGUGUUUCGGGAGCACCUUGCCAGCCAUGUGCCUGCAACAACAACAUAGAUGUAACUGAUCCAGAGUCCUGCAACCGAAUAACAGGGGAGUGCCUUCGAUGUCUGCACAACACUCAGGGCACAAAUUGCCAGCUCUGCAAACCAGGUCACUUUGGAUCAGCCCUCAAUCAGACCUGCAGAAGAUGCUCCUGCCACCCAUCUGGAGUCAGUCCCACUGUGUGUCCCCCUGGUGAGGAAGCUUGCCUUUGUGACCCCAUCACUGGUGCAUGCCCUUGUCUACCAAAUGUCACAGGCCUGGCUUGUGACCGUUGUGCUGAUGGACACUGGAAUCUUGUCCCUGGCAGGGGAUGUCAGUCAUGUGACUGUGACCACCAGACCUCUCAAAGCAGCCACUGUGACCAGCUUACAGGCCAAUGUCUAUGCAAACUGGGCUAUGGUGGGAAACGCUGUAAUGAGUGCCAGGAAAAUUAUUAUGGUGACCCAUUCGGGCAAUGCCUUCCAUGUGACUGCAACAUGGAAGGAACCCAGAAGCCUAUCUGUGACCCAGACACAGGCAUGUGCCACUGCCGGGAGGGUGUCAGCGGCCAGCGAUGUGACCACUGUGCCCGGGGUCAUGGUCAGGAAUUCCCUACUUGUCUUCGAUGUCACUUGUGUUUUGAUCAAUGGGACCAAGCCAUUUCUUCCCUCUCCAAAGCAGUGCAAGGGUUAAUUAGGCUGGCUGCUAACAUGGAAGAUAAAAGAGAGACCCUGCCGGUCUGUGAGGUCGACUUCAAAGGCCUCAGAGAGAACAUGUCUGAAAUAGAGAGGAUUUUGAAACAUCCUGUUCUCUCAUCUGAGGAAUUCUUAAAAGUCAAGGAUUAUCAUGACUCUGUUAGAAAACAAAUCAUGCAUCUAAAUGAACAAUUGAAAACGGUGUACAAAUUCCAAGAUCUGACAGAAACCAUAGUAAGGAUGAGGAAUGAAACAGACCACUUGCUUGAAAACGUUCAGGAGAAAAUUGAUUUGCAAUCUAGCAUUCUUAAUGCAAGCACUGAAGAUUCCUUAGAAAAUAUCAAGAAGUAUUACCGCAUAUCAUCAUCUGCUGAAAAGAAAACUAAUGAAACUGGUUCCAUCAUAAAUAACUCUGUAAACACCAGGACCAGCUUGCUUACCAUUUUAGAUACACUGACCUCAAAAGAAAACUUGCCAUUGGAAAAGUUAAAGCAGAUUAAGAUACCAGAUAUCCAGAUAUUGAAUGAGAAGGUGUGUGGAGAACCUGGGAACUUGUCAUGUGAUCUCUCACCCUGUGGGGGAGCUCUCUGCAGGGACUCUGAGGGACACAGGCGGUGUGGUGGUCCCAACUGUCAUGACUCUCUGACCCUCUCAAGCAAUGCCCUCCAAAAAGCCCAGGAUGCAGAAUCUGUGGUUCAAAAUUUGAACAACCAGUCUCAAGGGUUGAAGAAUCAGAUCAAAAAUAUAAGUAAACUGGCAGAAGUCUCCAAAAACAAUGUCUUGCAGCUAAAUGAGAAACUGGCAAAUAUGAAAAACCAAAGUGAAUUCGAGGAAGAAAAACUGAAUCUUUUAAUCAAAACAGUGAAGAACUUUUUAUUAGAGGAAAACGUGCCUCCAGAAGACAUAGAGAAGGUUGCAAAUCGUGUGCUUGACAUCCACCUACCAAUAACAUCACAAAAUCUAACCCAUGAAUUUGACAAAGUACAGAAACUUAUGCAACUUGGUGAGGACUACAGGACAGAAAAGAACAAGCUUAAAAAAGCAGCACAUGGAGCCCAAAAGCUUUUGGUGAAGGCCAAAGCAGCUGAGAAAGCAGCAGCUGUCUUGUUAAACCUUGACAAAACAUUGAAUAAGUUGCAACAAGUUCAAAUCACUCAAGGACAGGCAAACUCUACUAUUACUCAGCUGGCUGCCAAGAUAACAAAAAUAAAAAAGAAUGUACUGCAGGCUGAAAAUAAAGCCAAGGAAAUGAAGAAUAAGCAGCUGGACUUAGCAAAGCAGCUGUCAGAGCAGGAGGAUGGAUUCUCCCUGCUGCGUACCAAGUGGCAAAGGAACCAAGAACAAGCGGGCAGGGCAAGAGUUCAGGCUGAAUCCGCCCGUCGUCAGGCUGGGGGUGCUGAGAAGGAGUUUCUGGAGCUGAAAAAACAGUACACCCUUCUUCAACAUGAGAGGAGGGCUUUAGGACUGACAAAGGAAACAAUCGGAAGAGUCAAACAGCUAAAAGAUGCCGCCGAGAAACUGGCUGGGGAUACAGAGGACAAGAUGAAAAGAAUAACAGAUUUAGAGAAGAAGAUCCAAGAUUUGAAUCUAAGUAGACAAGAAAAAGCUGAUCAACUGAAACAAUUAGAAGAGCAAGUUGUUGCCAUUAAAAAUGAAAUUGUUGAGCAGGAAAAUAAAUACGCCACCUGCUAUAGUUAGGCAGAGUUAAGGCCCAAAAGACUGUGCCUGUGUUUCUGGCUUCUGGUGCACAAACUUGCAUCAGUGUACUGAAUUUGUGAGACACAAAGGUCAGCCUCUCCUGCCUCCCUUCCCUAUAUCCUCUUCUCACUAGAGAUCUGCUCCAUGUAGCUGGAGGGAGGAACUGGGCCAGAGAGAGGCCACUUGGAUGCCACUUCACAGCAGAAAGAUGGAAGAAAAGAUAUAGUAUCCGCUUUCAGAGACCUUUCCUCUUCCUUUCUUUUCUCUUUCAGAACUCGAAAGUAGUUGGUACAUAAGAUAAGUAAAUAUUUAAAUAAGUACUUACUAAAAAUCAUUUCAAACUCGGCAUGGUAGUGCAUGCCUGUAAUCCCAGCAACUCGGGAGGCUGAGAUAGGAGGAUCGAAAGUUCAAAACCAGCCUCAGCAACUUACAAUGGCCCUAAGCAACUUAGCAAGAUCCUGUCUCAAAAUAAAAAAUAGAAAGGGCUGGGAUGUGUUUCAGUAGUUAAAUGCCCCUGGGUUCAAUCCCCAGUGCCAAAAAAAAAAAAAAAAAAAAAAAAAAUUAAAACAAAAAUCAUUUCAGUCAAAUGAAUUUAAACAUUAAAUAAAGAUACUAGGAAGGAAUGCAGACGUGUAUUCUAGAUUGUCCUUUUUUAUUUAUUUGUAUUUGCUUUAUUUGUAAAACUAUUAUUCUCUUUUGAAUAAAAUGCACACAAUUCUAAAUGUAAUUUGCAGUUACAGCCACUUUCCUACAGACUCAUUCUCUCACCCAAAGGAUUCUGUUUCCCCCAAAUGACAUUGGAACAAUAUUCAAAAAGAUAAAUAUUGAACUACUUUUCACAAUUUGUGGGUAUUUUGUUGUAAAAAAAUCUUCUUGUUUUUAAAAGACUAGCAAUCAUGUUCUUAUUGUUUAGUAUAAAAUAUCAGAUGUUUCAUUUCAAAAAAGACAUUUAACAUUAACUUUUUUGCAUGUGUGAUUUAUAACAGCAAACUGUUUGUGAAUGCUAUCCUUCAGAGGGAUAGUUGGAAAAGAAU